AGGAGGAGAGGCUGCGGGACGGGGCGCAGGCGAUCCGCCGUGGGCAGGCUCUGCCCCGCGCCCGGGGGCUGGCGGGGCCGCCCGGGGAUGCUCUAGGGAAGGACAGGCAGCGGCAGGAGAGAGCAGCCCUGCCCCAGAGGGCACUGCACUGCCACAGCAUGGAGGGCCUUUGGGGACUUGGUGUCCUGUUGCUCUGCUGCCUGCUGCUGCCCUUCCCUGUUGGGAGCCAGACCAGCCCCAGCCCUGACCCACGCUGGCAGACAGACCCCAAGGAGGCACCGUCCCAGCACCACGCUGCCAGGGCCCCGUGGGAGCAGAAGGCUGGUGGUGCCCAGGAGGGGCUGCCCCCCCGGCCCCGCUGCGUCCGCUGCUGUGAGCCCGACCAGCGCUUCUACCCCCAGUACCAGCCCCUGCCUCAGAUCAACAUGACCAUCCUGAAAGGCGAGAAAGGAGACCGUGGUGAGCGAGGCAUGCAGGGCAAGUUUGGCAAGACAGGGGUGGCCGGCAGCAGGGGCCACACGGGACCCAAGGGACAGAAGGGCAGCGUGGGUGCCCCAGGGGAGCGCUGCAAGAGCCACUACGCCGCCUUCUCUGUGGGCCGCAAGAAACCCCUGCACAGCAAUGACUACUACCAGACCCUCAUCUUCGACACGGAGUUUGUCAACCUCUAUGACCACUUCAACAUGUUCACGGGCAAGUUUUACUGCUACGUCCCUGGGAUCUACUACUUCAGCCUCAAUGUGCACACCUGGAACCAGAAGGAGACCUACCUGCACAUCAUGCACAACAGGGCAGAGGUGGUGAUCCUCUAUGCCCAGGUGAGUGACCGCAGCAUCAUGCAGAGCCAGAGCGUCAUGCUGGAGCUGCAGGAGCAGGAUGAGGUCUGGGUGCGGCUCUACAAGGGCGAGCGUGAGAACGCCAUCUUCAGCGACGAGUACGACACUUACAUCACCUUCAGCGGCCACCUCAUCAAGUACAGCGGGGACCCCUAAGCACCUGCUCCUUCUCCCCUGGGGCGGGUGCUUGAGGAGGCCUUGCCACCCGGUCACCCCAGGCAUGCCACCCACCUUUAAGCUGUUAUCCCUUCUACAUGCCACUACCCCCAGCAGCUGUGCCAAUGUGUGAAUGCCCCCUCCCAGCUCCUUGAGGCCAACUGGAUGCAGCUGGAGGAGUUGGAGCUAUUUCCAGCCCCUGCUGCAUUUGUGACCCAGGCAGAGGGGAGCUCAUUCCCACCCAUGCCUGCCUCCGAGCCGAGUUUGCUGGGGCCCAGGCAUGUGUGGCACCAGCUGUGAGCUGGGUAUGACAGCUGGUGCUCUGGUUUGAGGCAGUGCAGACAUGUGUGUCAUGUUCCCCCCUCCCACUCUGAUGUGCUCCACGGGCUCCUUCUCCUGGAGAAGGACAGAGGGUGCUCAGCAUCCAGCAGGAAAGGCAAUAAAACCACUAAGGGCCCCCCUUCCGUUCUGCAGAGCUGGGUGCCACUGACGCAGAUGUUGCAGCAUGGCACUGGGUGCCCCUGGAGUGACACUUCCCCCAAGCACUCCCACAGGGAGGACAUUGCAUCAGUUCCCCUCAGCAAGUCCCUAUCACAGUUCCACUGCUGCAGCCUCUGCUCAGUGCCGACGCUGCCAAGGAAGGACUGGCUCCCCACCGGCAGCCCUGGGCACAGGGCCUUUGGCCUCCACUGCUUCCUCUCCGGUUAGAUUCUCUGCUGGCCAGGCUUUAAGUUUUUGUAGAUGCAACAGCAGAGCGGAGCCCAGGGCAGCAUGCUGCUCCCUCCACUCUCUGUACAGCUUGUGACCACAUUAAACACGACUUUGGGUCCUACUCACA